AUGUGGGUCCAGGUGCUUGUGAAAGUGGUUCUAGUGAAUGACUCCGGUGUAUUUGGGAAUGGCACUGAGGACAGGGGAGAUGUCCGUGCUCCUGAGGACACGGUUGUGGCGACGCAUCACCCGACACCGGAGGAGCAGCCCCUCUAUAAGGAUAAUCAGAAGAGCAAGGAGGGUAAUCAGGUCAUCUUGCCUACGAAGGAGGACGCCUUCUCAGAUAAGAACAAGGAGCAUAAUUUUUUCAUCACAGAUUCAGAGCCUUCAGGAGGAGACUUCUGGAGAGAUAUAGCAGGAGAACACACACAAGAAACCAAUUCACCUCAUUCUCUGAAGAAGGAUGUGGAAAAUAUGGGGAAAGAGGAGCUCCAGAAGGUUCUGUUUGAGCAGAUCGACCUACGGAGGAGGCUGGAACAGGAAUUCCAGGUGUUGAAAGGAAACGCGUCUUUCCCAGUCUUCAAUAAUUUUCAAGAUCAGAUGAAGCGGGAACUGGCGUACAGAGAAGAAAUGGUGCAGCAGCUACAAAUCAUUCCCUAUGCAGCAAGCUUGAUCAGGAAAGAAAAGCUCGGUGCACACCUCAGCAAAAGCUAAAGAAGCACAGGAGCUUUUGCAGCUGUUACCUUACAAGUUAUAACCCAGUCAGAAACCUGACUUGUAUAUAGACUGUGAAAUGGAAGUGUUUGGGGAUCUAAAUAAAAAAAAAAUCAGGUUCCUCUGAACCUAAGGACAAGUGACCUCAUAGUAUCAUGGACAACCAUGUCAAAUAGAAUGUAGCAGCCAUUUAUUAGUAAACACAAAACAACAACAAAAAAAAAUGCCUGUCCUUGAUAUAUUUUAUUUUUUUUUUUGGUGGUACCAAAGUUUAAGUCUUUGUGUUUUUAGAAGGACUAUUGAGCUUGAUAGAAAAAAAAAGAAAAUGCUUUUGAAUCGUGCAGAUAAGCUGUGAAAGGAACUGCUGGUCCUUUCAAUGCCACAGGCACUGACAACAUCUGCCAGUUCACCUUUUGCUUUGGAGCAGUGGUUGUUUUAUGGGAGGAAAUGAACGUCUCACCAGAUGGGCCAGAACCACGUUUGGACGGACGGGUGGACGGAUGGAUGGAUGGAUAGAGCAGUGUUAGCCAUACACAGUGCUUUUUAAAAGCAGUCUGGAGAUUCUCACACCCUUCUCCCUCAUCCCUUUCCCCCUCUGGUAUUUUGCCUGCUGUAUGAAUUACGAUUGUACUCCUCUGGAAAUAUUUUACAAUUUAAUAUUGAGUGUAAUUAAGAAUAUAAUCACUGUUAUCAAAAAAGGUAUUUAACUCUGUUGUAGUUUCUUUAUCA